CUAAAUCACAUUGAUGGAAUUGAUCAAGGCACUGAGAGAGAAGAGAAAAAAAUUAUUAUCUCAAUUCUCAUCCAUCUGAGUCCCCUUUCUGUGUGUAUCUGUGACGGCGUUGUUUCUCUUGUACAUAUGUUUCUCUCUUAGCACAGACUCGCUCCCUUUUUUGUUUACUUUCUCCAACUAUCAGAUCAACGGAUAGAUUUUGAUUUGGGCGAUGCGGCGCGGCAGAGCGGCGGCGAGGCAGCCGGAGUCGAUUCACGGCGGCGAACUCAACGGAUCUGGUGUUUCUAAUAAGGAUGUGAGAUUCCGCGGCGUGAGGAAGAGACCAUGGGGCCGAUUCGCGGCUGAGAUCAGAGACCCCUUGAAGAAGACUCGCGUGUGGCUCGGCACCUUUGACUCCGCCGAGGACGCCGCCCGCGCCUACGACGCCGCCGCUCGCUCCCUCCGCGGCUCCAAGGCCAAAACGAACUUCCCCCUCCCCCCCAAUUUCAAUCUCCAAAACCCUAAUUUUAAUCCUAACCUUGCCGAUCCGUUAAUAAAUCACCAGAGACCAACCUCUAGCGGCAUGAGCAGCACCGUAGAGUCCUUCAGUGGGCCCCGCCAGCUGCCCCUCCCGCCGCCGAGGAGGUAUAAUCCGCGUAUGGCACCAGAUGAUUGUGGCAGCGAUUGUGAUUCUUCCUCCUCCGUGGUUGAUGACAUCGCUUCUUCCUCUUGUAAAAACCCUCUGCCUUUUGAUCUUAACAUGCCGCCGCCUCCCGACGCCCCUGAUUCCGAUUUCGAAGAGCUAGCUUGCACGGCGCUCCGCCUCUGACGCGCUGUUGAAACCAUUUGGUUAAAUUACCAAUUUUAUUUUUUUUCGUUUGGGGCUUCUUUGCCCCAUUUUUCUUUUUUACUGGUGAAAAAAACCAAAAAAAAGAGAGAUGAGAAUGCUCAUUGAUAAGGAUGGAUGACUGUUUGAAGAGAAUUCAAUAUAUAAAAACUCUAAUGUGAUCGAUACAAGGAUGUUCUGAUGUACAAGGUCGUGUUUGUUGUUGUGUUUGUGAUGUUAUUUGAGAUGAUAGUGAACUUUGUUGCCAUAUCACCUCUUAAUUUGAUUGUGUAUUGGUUAGUGAUAGCUAGAUGUCUCUGGUUAGUAAAGAACCUUAUGAUACUUGUGCAUUUAGCACUCAAUUUUGGUAUGCUAGCCUUUAGAUUUGUGGGGUUGUUUAUAUGAGAUUCAUGUCAAGAUAAAUGGAGAAUUAUUCUGCCUUUA